AUGUCAACUAGUAAUCUUCGCAGGACCUUUGAUGGUGAUGCAGAUAGCAUACUGUCUCCCGGUGCAUUUUCUGCUGGCACCUCGCGAUACUCGAAUUCAAAUCUCAAACGGCUUACGAUUGAUCGUAGUCUUCGAACUGACUUAUUCUCACGUUCCACCCACUCGUCUUCUCUUGCGAACGGUGAUGAUCAAGGAUCAAGCAAGCUCAAGAAGAAAGUUAGCUUUGAUUCUCAAACUACUGGCGGGGAUUCAGGAACUGAGACUGAUGGCGCUGUUGUCCGUGUUGAGACCGAGAGCCCUGAGCCAACUGCAGAAGAAUUAGGCUUCUUGCGUUCGUCUCGAAAGCAAUCAGCUGAAGUGAAUGGGACAAACGGGCUUGGCAAGGAAGUGAAUGGCGUUAACGGAGUGGCCAGUAAUGUACCUGAAAUGGAGCAGGUUCGAGGCAAUGAGCUUGCUGUUGUCCCCGAGGGCCAUGAGCAGGAUGGCGGAGCUGUGUUCCCCCCUGGUAAAGUUCUUGUCAAGGUUCCCGAAGGAGAUCCUAAGCCCGGGGAAUACUGGAUGAAGCCUACUCGUUCUGAACUCAGCAAAUUACCCCGUCAGCAGCAGAAACACUUUGUUGGCUUCACUGUCGGUCGUGUUGGUUGUGGCUCUGUCACUUUUGACGACCCUGUGGAUCUUACCACUGUUGAUCUUGACUCGCUGUUUGAUAAGUUUAUCAAAAUUGGCACCCGGUCGAUUACGGUCUACCCUGAUGAUGUUACCAAGCCACCUCGAGGCAAAGGCCUAAAUGUACCUUCCACCCUACGAAUUGAAAAUUCCUGGCCUAGAGGUAGGGAUAAGAAAGCUCCGUCUCCCAUGACGAGUGGACCAGCCUUCGACAGACACGUUGAACGGUUAAGAAGAGUUACCAAUACGGAGUUUAUCGACUACGAGAAGCUCACUGGGACUUGGGUGUUUAAAGUGCCCCACUUCACGACUUAUGGCCUUGAUUAUGAAGACGAUGAUGAAGGUGAGAACUUUGAUCAAAGCACUUUGAGUGCACCUCCUCCUGACACUCCUACUCCAAAGGCCCAAACCCAAACCCCCACACAGUCGUCCUUCGCGAAUUCUGAGUUGAAUUCUACCGUCUCUUUCGAUGAGUCUUUCAUGGGUGACUCCACAGCAGGAAUGGAGGAUGAUACGUUUGAGUUUAAGAAGCGGAAGCUUGUUCCGGGAGCAUUUUUGGGCCAGGGUGGGAACGAUGGGGAAAUUGAGGACCAGACGAUGGAGACGGAUGAAGAGGAACAAGAACAAGGAUCCUUUUUAAGUGACGACCAAUCCCUCGGCUCCCAUCCUGAAACCCGUUCCGAAACCGAUAGUCUCGAACAAACCGAUAGUCAAGACGUCACGGAAUCGGAAGGCGAAUCAGAAAAAGACAAGGAAAUGGAAGUGACGAUGGUUGGCUCCUUUCCUGCUCCUGAUAACUCAAUUGAGCAGACUAUUCGCAGCAGUCCCUUGAGGCCCACUUCUAUUUUCCAGCGGCCGGACCAGCAGCACGGAACUCCCUCUCAGACACACCUUAACCUUCACGGAAACUGGGCAGAACAGCUGCAGCGAACAAUUAGCCCUAGAAAGCAAAAUCGACAGGCACUUCGUGAGAUUCAAGGUAACGUGUUUGCAGACAUAAAUAAUGAACAAAGCGAUGGUACCCCGAGUAAAUCUGCUGAACCUGCUCAGGAACCUGUUGGCUUCGCGACGAGCAUAGAUCUUAUGAAUUCGCUAUUUCCACAGUGGCCUUAUCGAAAGCAAUCCAAAACUGUUGGCGGAAACACGAAGGAUAUGUCUGAAGACGAUAUUUUGUUUCAUAAUUCGUUCAAGCCCAAAUUUGGCUGUACGGACAACCUCAUUUGCCCGAGAAUUCCUGGCUCUAUCAAUCGAUCUGAGGCGCCGUGGAACCAGGCAGGCGCACUUUCUUCUGAAGGAAGAACCAUUGUUCUCCAUAAAUAUGACCAACCAGCUCUAAGAACACGAACCAACAUCCGCGUUAUUGAUAACGUAUCCUUUGCCCGAUUGUCUAAGGUUAAUUUUUCGGUUUUGGCCGAUACCGUCGGCGGUAACUCUCGGGCAGCCGAUUUGGAGAGACAGGUUUGGCAAUUGGCCAAUAUUCUUUUCAACGACGAUAUUGAAGACGACAUAUCGGCGGGGGUUCCCCAAAAUCUGCGCCAUAAAUAUGUCCAUCGUAUCAAAAAGGAUAGACUUAGUCGGCUCUGGCAAUCCAUUAUACGUGAUCGACAUUCCAAAGAAGUUUCCGACAUCCAGUCUCCUGAGGAGCGUGCAAUCGCUUACCUCUCCUCCCAUCGCAUUGACGAAGCUUGCAAAGCCCUCGUGGAAAGUAGAAAUUUUCAUUUAGGGACCCUGGUGCCACAAAUUGGUCGCAAUAGCACAGUGCGCAACGCUAUGCGAGAGCAAAUCGAAUCGUGGCGUAAACAUAAUGUUUAUUCUGAAAUGACUGAGCCUAUUCGAGCUCUUUACGAGUUGCUUGCUGGAAAUUGUUUGCGGAGUGAUGGAAAGCCUGGUGGCGUCCUUGAAGAUAGAGCGUCCACUUUUUAUUUAUCUGAGCGCUUCGAGCUUGACUGGAUCCAGGCAUUUGCGCUUCGACUCUGGUAUGGUAUUGACGAAGAGGACUCCAUCGAGAAGGCAGUGGAACUCUUCCACCACGAUAUUACCCAUGGAAAUGAGCCAGCUUACCCUUUUUCGGAAGUAUCCCGAGAUUGUAAUCGUGAUGACCCUCUGGAAUCUCCACUUUGGGUUAUGCUGAAAUCAUUCACAACGGCGAUGGGCCGACAGGAAAACCGCAAAAUUCCACCAAUCCCACUGCCUGAAGCAAUUUUGCCGGACGCUGUUUCUGGAAAUCCCCUACACAAUCGAUUCUCAUUUCAGUUAUUCCACCAUUUACAAACGUUGAUGGGACAUCUCGAUGCGGCAGUUAUCAAUGAAGCCCGAGCUGAUCAACUAACAUGGGAUUAUGCCUGGGAACUCGCAGCACUCGAACAAUUCCCAUCAGCCAUAUUCGUCCUAGAACACCUCUUAAACUUCUCUCAGCGAGAACGUAGUAUUAAAGAGCUUCUUUCCCGCUUCGCCGCAUGGCUUCCUGCCCGCACUUUCAGCGAUGGAACCCCAAAUCCCCUGUGGGGCUAUAUCGUGGAUGACCUCCAAGUACCCAGCAGCUGGAUCUGGUCGGCAAAAGCGCUGUACGCACGUGCCAAAUGCGACCCGUCGAACGAGGUGCAGUUCCUCAUCAAUGCGAAACACUGGAACGAAGCGCAUGAGACAUUCCGCAGACUCGUCGGGCCCAGGACGGUUAUCGAACGCGACUAUGUGACUCUUGAGACGUUGAUUUCUGGAUUUGGCGAGUCUCCUGAGCGCAAAGUGCGUGGCUGGGCCGCUGGUGGAGCUAUCUAUGAUGACUUCCUGCAUCUGAUUACGGCCAAGGGUCCACGGCGCGAGUCGGCGCGGUUGAAGAGGUUGGUUUCUGCUUUGGCGACUUUGGGCCAGAGAAUGGAUAGUGAGAAAGAUAAGGGUAGGGAUGGCGAUAAGGAGGAUCCGUCGUCGGUUUCUGCUUGUUUGGAGGAAACGGUCGCGUUUAGGGAAAUUAGUCAUGUUGUUGCUGGGUGGUGUGCGAAGGAUACUAGAAGUACUAUCGAGCCCGCAGCUAUUCUUAAUUUGUUGCUGACGCAGGAUACUCGACUCUUGCACACGGCCGAAAUGAGCAGGCGGUACUACAAUAUUAUCAUGGCCACAGCCCAUUAA